AUGUCUUUAUUCCUAUCAAUCCUGUCCCAGAUAGUUGGCUGGGUAUAUUUUACGGCCUGGUCUUUUAGCUUUUAUCCGCAACUAUUUCUGAAUUAUAAACUCAAAAAUGUAUCAGGCUACUCUUUAGAUUUUGGAGUUCUAAACUUUUCAGGAUUUUUACUCCUCCUCAAUGAGCGAGCAAUAAAAUUUUGUUUGCUGAUGAUUCUUUUAAAAACAAUUAUAGUAAAAAUUAAUUUAAUUCGUAAAAUUUAUGUUAUAAAACAAAAGCUAUUUAAAUGCAGAUUUUCUAAUAAAUUAAGUUAUAUUAAAACAUUAAAUAAUUAAUUGCUGUCUAAUAGAGGGUGCUUUUCCAAAUACUGAUUUUUCAAUAGGUUUGCCGCAAAAAGGAGGGAGAGCUGGCAUAUUCCUUUUAUUCAAUUUGAGGGUAUGCUGAGCCCAGCAUAAUGCCAGGCCAAGUAGACCCGUCUGAUAUUGCAUUUGCAUGCCAUGCCUGGUUUAUAACUACCAUAACUCUAAUUCAGUGCAAUCACUAUGAAUCUGUAUGAAAUAGAACAGCAUUAUGGGUCAAACUUUUAAGCCUUUUUUUCUGGAUCAGCGGAACUUUACUAGGAGUUUUGCAGUUAACCGGAAAUUUGACGGAUUCAACGGACUGGAAUGGAUGCCUUUAUCUCGGCUACAUUAAAGUGUUUAUUACAUUAAUAAAGUAUAUGCCUCAGGUUUAUAUGAAUUAUGUCAGGAAAAGUACUGUAGGAUGGAGCAUCAUUAAUGUUUUAUUAGAUUUCACAGGAGGAUCAUUGAGUAUUUUGCAAAUAUUCAUUGAUGGAGCAAACUCUGGUGAUUGGAAUGUUUUUGGUGGGGGUGGAGCAUUUAACGUCGCGAAGUUUUUGUUGGGAUUUUUGUCGAUGGUUUUUGAUAUUAUUUUUAUGAUUCAGCAUUAUUGCUUGUAUGGAGGAGACAAGAAAGCCUCAGAUUCUAUUAAAGGAAUUGAUUUAGAUACCCUUUAUAAGAAUCCUCAGAUGUAG